ACGCAUAUAUUCAAAUCUUUGUGUCAUAAUUUGUAUAUAUUUUGUAUGUGUUGAUUUUAUCCAUUGUUAGUUGUUUUCUAGAAUAAUCCCAUAUUUUAUUUGAUAAUCUAUUUCAGGAAGUUAACAAGCAUAUUGAAUUCGGUUGCAGGAAAAUGUCGUCUAUAUCUUCGUUAAUUAGACACUGUGGUACUUGGAAUAAUGAGAACCGUUAUGUGAAUUUCAAAAUCGAUGCUGUUGUUUUCAAGGAGUAUUCAACAUAUAUGGAUUUGUUACAGACAAUUGCAACACAAAUUGAAGUUAGACACGUCCGAACGUAAAUAUACAUCAAAUACAUGGUGGAGGGUAGUGAUAUGCCGAUGGAAAUACACAAUGAUAUGGGUGUCAGAGUUUACGUGGAUUUGAAGAAAGAGAAUAAACAGUUAGCAAUGUAUCCUUUGUGCAUAACUAUUAAUGAUAAACGCCUUGACAACUGUGUAUCUGAUGAAAGUUGUAUUCAAGGGGAGAUUUUGCAACUUGGAUACACAAGUCAGUUCGAUUCUAUGAAAACGGUCGGGUGUGUAGACUUUGCGUCUUCAAGUUAUAUCAAGGAUGUUGCUGUGUUUGAAAAAGACACCAAUCUAAUUAUCGAAGACAAAAACCAAAAAGAGGUUGUUGUUGAUCAAGUCUACAAGGACAAAAAUACAUUAAAGGCUGUGAUGGCAAAUUAUGCAAUUUCACAUAGGUUCAAUUUUCGUACGGAGAGGUCUAAUGCAAUAAGCUACACACUUGUGUGUGUGUCCGAAGAAUGUAAUUGGAAAUUCAGGGCAUCAAGCGUUGGGAAAUCAGAAAUGUUCUUAGUCAGGGAGUUCCGUGACAAGCAUACAUGUCCGCUAAAGGAUAAAGUGUAUUCGCAACGGCAUGCCACAAGUUGGUUAAUAGGAGGGAUUGUUAAACCAAAAGUAGCCAACCAUAAGAGGAAAUACACACCUAAUGACAUAGCGGAUGAUGUAUUGAAGGACCUUGGCAUGGAUGUGUCUUACAUGGUCGCUUGGCGGGCUAAAGAGAGGGCUAUGAAGGACUUAAUGGGUGAGCCAGCAGAAUCAUACAAUAAGUUACCCAGAUAUCUAUAUAUCAUGGAUAAAACAUAUCCUGGGUCGCAUAUACGAAUGCGCAAGUCCCAUGACAACGAGUUCCUUUAUGUUUUUAUAGCAUUAUAUGCAUUUAUCAAGGGCUUUGAGUGUUGUAGACCCAUUGUGGUAGUAGACGGGAGCCACCUUAAAACAGCAUACAACGGCACAUUCGUUUCAGCAAGCACACUAGACGGUGCAGGCAAUAUACUUCCCUUAGCAUAUGGUGUGAUAGAUUCUGAGAAUGACAAGUCUUGGACGUGGUUCUUUGAGCGGUUCAGUUCGAAAGCCUAUGGAGUUAGAGAGAAUAUGUGUAUCGUAUCCGAUAGGCAUGAAAGCAUAAACAAAGCUGUAUGUCUAACUUAUCCAAAUGUUCCGCAUUACGCGUGCAUAUGGCAUUUGUGGGGUAACGUAUGUAAGAAUUACAAGAAGAGUAAAGAUGUAUUGAGUCCAGUGUUUUAUGCAAUGGCAAAGGCAUACACACAGGAUGAAUUUGAUGAGUUGAUGGCGAAGGUUGUUAAGGCAGAUAUUCGGGUGGCAGAGUAUUUGGAUUUAGCUGGAAGAGAAAAGUGGGCUAGAGUGUAUGCAUCUGUUAACCGAGGGUGGACCAUGACUUCGAACAUAGCAGAGUGUAUCAAUCGUCACCUUGUAGCGGCAAGAGAACUGCCUAUAUUUGAUUUUCUUGAAGAAGUUAGGAAGAUGUUUGGUAGAUGGAAUUACACUAACCGGAGGAACGGUACAUACACGUUCACAACACUCUCUAAGAAGUUCCAGGAGAUGCUAUCAAUAAAUGAGUAUCUAUGUUUACGUAUGACGGUGGAACCAUCAACCGAAUAUGUGUACACAGUCCAUGAUGGAGGAAGGCGUUUCGUUGUUUGCUUGAAAAACAAAACUUGCAGUUGUCGUAUGUUUCAAAUAGAUGAAAUUCCUUGCCCACAUGCUUGGGCUGUAUUAAAAAAGAAAAAUCUAAAAGCUGAUGAUUAUUGCUCAGAAUUGUUCAAACCGGAGACUGUGGUGAAAACAUAUGAUAUACCUGUGGAUCCUCUCCCUGACGAGCGUGAAUGGAAGAUUCCCACAUACAUCUUGGAGGAUGUAGUUUUGCCACCAAGAUACAAGAGACCGCCCGGUAGGCCGAAGAAGAAGCGUGAUAAGCCGUUAAGGGAAUUGCUUAUUGGUAAAAAAAGACAUGCUUGCAGCACUUGUGGACAGCUGGGACACAAUAGACGUUCUUGUAGUUUUGAGCCUCGGAAGAAGUGAUUAUUUUUUUAUUAUUUAUUUACAGCCAUUUGCAUUUGUUAUUAAAAAUACGUUGUUUUUUUUGCAAUAUUCGAAUAAAGGUAGUUAGUUUAAAUAGAUUACUUAGUUCCGAAUAAUAUAACUUACAUGAAAUACACACUGUGAAUGAUGACAUAAGUUCAUAAUCCAACAUAAGAUAUAAAAAUACACAUAUAUCUCGUGUAUUGUUAUAUAUUUAAAUGCAAUAA